AUGGAUAUGAUCAAAAUUGGGCCAGUGGGAGGAAGUAGUAUAUUUACAUCCGUUUGGGAUGACAAGGGACGAGACCAAGUAGGUGGCAUUCUUGUUUACUACAGCCAAAACGUAGUGUUUUCACUUCAAUUCAUGUAUUAUGAGAAUGGCGAGUUACUUCUGUCAGAAAAACAUGGUUUUAAUGAAUGUGAGGACUUUUGUUUUAUUGCCUUUGAUUAUCCAUCGGAGUUUAUUACUUGCAUAAGCGGUUCCUCAGGAAAACUGAGCCAGUACAACAACCCUACGGUAGUUCUGAAAACUAUAAAAUUUGUUACCAACAAAGGUUCAUAUGGACCAUUUGGGACCCUUCCAAUGGAUGCCAAACACUUCAACUUUCGGAUAGGAAAUCGUCAUCUUUUUGGUGUUUUUCAUGGCACCCAAAAUGGCUAUGGCGUUGAGAGUAUUGGGGUCUAUGUGAAGACCAACACAUCCUCCAUCAUCAAUUUGAAAGUUCCUAGAGUCAAAUCUGAAAAGGAAGAAGAUUGA